AUGAGUGAAGCCAAGGUGACCUGGGCGUCUCUUCCACGCAAAGACCAGCUGUUGAUUCUCUUCCUGGUUCGCUUUUGUGAGCCCAUCGUCAAAGUCUCCAUAUCGGCAUAUGUCUACUUCCAGCUGCAAUGGCUGGACCCUUCGUUACCAAGCGCAAAGGUCGUCCAGCAGGUGACGCUGUUGCAGGCCGCCUAUACCGUGGCGCAGGGUUUGGCGAGUAUGUUUCUGGGCACUAUAGCGGAUUCGCCUAGGGGCGGGCGCAAGUUUGUGGUCGUGAUGAGUUUGUUUGGGUCUUUUGUUGCCUGUUCCCUUUUUGGCUUUGUGGCCAAUUUCAAACAGGCCAUUGCCCUCCGUUUCAUCGAAGGUCUCACCAAUGGCAACGUCGCCAUGGUUCGCACCAUGACGUCUGAGCUUGUCAAGGAAAAAAAGUUUCAAGCAAGAGCCUUUGUGCUUCUCAACAUCAGCACCGGCUUCGCAAUCAUCCUCAGCGCCCUGGUCGCCGCCGUCACUGUCGAACUGACCCCCAAGGCUCACGGCAGCGGCGGAGGACUGCUGACUAGAUAUCCGUAUGCGCUACCGGCGCUGCUCAAUGCCGGGUUUCUCUUGGUUGUGCUGCUGACGGCGACUUUGUUUCUUGAAGAGACAUCCAAGCUCGUCCGCGACAGAUACGACCCAGGCAUCGCCUUGUCCCGCUACGUCAUGUCCAAGCUGGGGCUUGCCCGCGGCGGCAGCAAAGAACAAGAAUACCACGUCAUCGACGAAGGCGAAGAAAUGGCCUUUUUGCCCGAGUCGCCCCAUGCGUCAGCACCGCCCAAAAUAGCCCCAAUUCUGCCCACGGCCCGCAUGUUCACCAAGAACAUGUUUGUGACGCUCCUCGCCUGCUUCAUCUGCGACACCCACCUGACGGUGGCGAGCGUGUCCUUCCCGAACCUCUUGGUGACGCCCGUCUCGACGCUCGAGGAGGAAUCGCGGCGGCAGCUGCCCUUCUUCUUCGGGGGCGGGGCCGGCUUCACGCCGCUGCCGCUGGCGGUGUACUCGGUCAUGUACGGGGCCUUCUCCAUCCCGCUGCAGCUGUUCCUGUACCCGCGGCUGGCGCAGCGGCUGGGGGCGCUGCAGGUGUGGCGCAUCUUCUACCUGGCCUUCCCGCUGCUCUACUACGCGUACCCCUUUGCGGCGCUGGUGCCGUCGUCCAGCCCGCCGCCGGCCGGCAAGACGGGGGCGCCCAUCUGGGCGGUGCUGACGGCCAUGCAGGUGCUGACGGCGCUGCUGACCAGCACCGUGUCGCCGAGCCAGACCGUGCUCAUCAACUCGGCCUGUCCGCACCCGAGCGCCCUGGCCCGCACCCACAGCGUCGCCUUUGUCAUCAGCACCGCCACCCGCGCCGGCAGCACGGCGCUGGCCGGUGCGCUGCUGGGCUACGGCGCCGCGCACAACGUCACCGGCCUGGUGUUUUGGCUGUGCGCGGCCCUGGCGGCCCUCGGGUCGUGUCUCAACCCGUUCCUGCGGGAGGGGUCGGGCCAUGAGAUACGCCUGCCGGGGGAUGAUUAG